UGAUGGCUCACUUAAUUCACGGGCGAUUUGAAAACGAGUUAAGGCUGUGACGCCUACACCUGCAGUUAGUCGUUGAGAGCAUGAUGUGGACAACGGGUCUGCUCUUGGCGGUGGGUCUGCUCACCCUGCCAUCCCUGGGACUCACCUCUCGAAAUCUUACGGAGUUUAUGGGACACCGGCAGAAGCGAUGGCUGAUCUACCAGAACAGUGGAUCCAUGAAGUUCAGCAUUGGUCCUUCGACACCCAUUCCACUGGGGGACAAGGUUUCCUUUCGAUCCUGUGUGCUAUCCUUCACGCUCCAAGGUGGCUCCUAUUCCCUGCCCACAUCGCCCAUCUGGCCGUGGGACAAGUGGGAGAGCACCUUUGCCCGAUCCUUGGAGCACAUGAAACGGAAUAUCGAGCGGCAUACGGCCAAUGGAGGGGUGCGAUAUGCCGACGACGCCAGGCUUUUGGUCUACACUGCACUGGAGGAGUACAUGGGCAGAAGGAACAACGACCUGUCCAUGGGCAGGCAGUGCCUUCUCCGGUCCAUCUGCGAAAACGCCCAGAUACAUCACCACAUCGGUGUGUUCUCGGAAAUAAUGGAUAUCAUACUCAGUCCUGGCAAAGCGGAUCUGGAUAACUCCUAUCAUGAGGCCUAUGCCGCCGGAAAAGGUGGAGCGAAUUGUCUGGGCCUCUACAGGUCCUGUCCUCGGGGUCUAAACAUCCUCGACGGGCUUUUGAUUGAGGAAGAUGAUUGAUUUACUGCUGCUGCUGCGGAUUUCUGUGAAACACGGAAGAGAGUGGGGAUCCGCAAUAAAGUUUUCAGCCAAAUCAAAGUGCAUGUCUAAUGGGUCUUGUCCUGAUGUCGGAUUUCGCUUGUUCUUGCUGCAUAAUUUG